CAUAUGCAACGAUAUAUCGAGUAACCUUUUUCAUUUGUUUGUUUACUUUCAAUUUGUGUUUUUUUUUCAAAAAUUCUUUGUUAAUGAUCAGAUCAAUUGAAUAAUAAAUUGUUCAGUUUUUAAUAGACCAUUGUUGAAUAUCGUUUUUUUUUGCUGCAAACAAAACUAAAUUUUCAAGAAAAAAAAACAAUGAAAAAAAUACCAACCGAUACUGAUGUGGAUAUCGAAUUAUUUGAAGAUGAAUUAAAAGAUAUUGAUCCGGAAUUUAUUCCAACUAUCGUUUCCAUUUUUAAAAUGUCUUUGCGUCAAAAUGAUUUUCUAUUUAUGACCAAUGAUGCUACCUAUGCAUAUGGUUAUAAUAUUUGCGAAUGGCUAUGGUUAGGACAUGAUCCCAAACGACCAAAACAGAUUGACAUUUUGAAUGGCAAGAAAAUUAUUCAAGUCGAUUCGGGCAUAAGAUUCGUGGUCGUUUUAACUGAUGAUGGACUAGUGUAUCUAGCCAGUAGUGAUUCAGAUUGGCAAACGUACGAUACUUUUUUAUUGAUUUUCACCGGAGAUGAUCGUUUUGAAAUGGUAGCAUGUGGACAUUAUCAUUUGUUGUUGUUACGACAAGAUGGCACUGUUUUCGCUUUGGGAAGUAAUUCUAAUGGUCAAUUGACCGGUAAUUUACCGGAAUCGUAUAAUGAUCUUGUGGACACUGGUUUGAAUAAUGUCAAAAUAAUAGCUUGUGGAGCUGGCCAUAGUCUUGCUCUUACCAAUACGAAUGAAAUUUAUUCCUGGGGCUGGAAUGAGUAUGGACAGUUAGGUCUAGGGGAUACAAAUGACCGAACAACACCUUCACUUGUUUCAUUUCCUGAUGGUUCGAUUGAUAGUCCAAUCAAAAAUAUUGUGGCCGGUAUGUGGCAUUCUUUAUUUUUAUUGGAGGAUGGUCAAAUUUUCGGAUGUGGUUAUGGUCAACGUUCUAUUAAUGAUACUAAGCAAUAUGCAAAAGUGCCGACAAAAAUACCGAUUGAAAAUGUGCAAAGUAUGGCUUGUAAGAAUUAUCUCCAUAUUUCAUUGGCAUUGGAUCAUUCAUCACAUUAUUAUGGGUGGGGUAGAUUAAUUAAUAAAGAAUUGGUCCCGCUGAAAAAAUUGGAUGGUCAACUGAAAUCAUUCGUUGCAGCAUCAGCAAUGCAAUACGGAUCACCAAUCACUUUUGGUUUAACAUCAACCAUCGAAAUAUACGAAGAACAUUUUACAAUAUCAAAUAUUGCAUUAUUUAAUAAUCCGGAUAAUUAUGAUAUCGAAUUUGUCUUUGAUGAUAAACGUAUAAUGGCUUGUAAAUGUUACCUAAAAAUGGCAUCAAAAUAUUAUAGUCGAAUGUUUUCGGGUGAUUGGCAAGAAAAUGACCAAGUGAUCAUCAAAGAUUAUAGUUAUGAUACAUAUUAUUCAUAUCUAUUGAUGUUACAUACUGGCGACAUACGAAUCAAUCGAUACAAUAUAGCCGAAUUUAUUGAUCUGGCCAAUUGUUAUUGUGAUGAACGAUUAAUGAAACAUUGUCGAACAUUCAUACGAAGGGAUCUCAAUAAGCAAACUUUAUUCAUUUAUCUUCCAUUAAUCAGUAAAUAUGAACUUAAUGAUAUGAAUGAUAAACUUGUCGAAUUAACAAUCAAAGAUGUUAUACCAAAAAUCAGUAAUAUUACAAAAUUUUUGGGAUUGUUUUUCGAACAACAAUCUUUUUGUGAAACAAAAGAUUUGCCUUGCAAACGAAAAAAAAAUUGA